CUCGCUCUGUAUCUUUCAAACCAGCGUUGUUCUGAAUGUUAUGAUUGGCAAGUCAGAAUGUGAGCAGGUGCUUCUUAUAGACUUACACUGGCAGUAGCCUCGGACGUUUUCACUUCUAUGCGUGAGAUUGUGACCACUUGACGACGACCCAGCAAGAUGACAGUGUGAGUUUCUUCUCACCACUCUGAACUAUAGCUACAAGUCGAGUGGCCGGCGCGCUUCCCUCGCGACGACAUGCAAGCUGCGAACGCGGCCGAGGCUCUGCAGAGCUACAGCAAGCCAGACCCUGUUCAAGUCCCCAUCUUCUUCAAAGCCGUCGGAAAUGCACCUAUCAUGAAGCAGAACCUAUACAAGAUCAACGCGCUGAACCCGUUCCGCGCUGUCAUCCGCUUUCUGAGGAAACAGCUGGGCUGGAAGGCUCAGGAGCCGCUGUUCACUUAUAUUAAUCUCGCCUUUGCACCUGCCCCCGACGACACAGUGACGAAUCUGUUCAAGUCAUUUGCGACUGAAGGGCGACUCAUUGUGAAUUACAGCACUACUGCAGCUUGGGGCUGAGUUCUGUAGCCCCAACUCAGGUUGGGCGCUCUGCUUAUCAUUUCAGUUCCUGAUGCUAGAAGCCGGGGAUACUUGGCAAGUCCACGGUUGACCAGGCUUGCUCAUAAUGGUGUUGCCCAGCAUCAUCUGUGUUUGCCCCUAGUAUCAUACCUACUAGAUGCACUGAUACCAAUUAGUGCCUGGAAUGUCUCUGUCUCUGUCUGUGUGCUGAGCACUCGGCAAUGUUGGGAUGAGGACACACCACAUGUGCUGACAGCACUGGCAGACUCAAUUGGCCAUUCAGAAGCAUGUACGAGAUUACCAUGAAAUUGACGAGCCGGAAGAAGACAUUGACCUAUGCUACGCAUAUCCCAUAGUUCGCUCGCUCUCUCGCCCCGAA